AUGUCAAGUUUGCUUUUAUUUUAUGGUUCGUUAUUUAUCGUUUGCUUCUGCGGCAUACAAAUAGUAACUUAUGGGUACCUUAGUGCAAUAGAUGUAGCAUACAACUCAGCCCGAACCCAUGCCGUAAUACUUGAUUUAGACUGUUGUGUAAUACUACUUAAGUUUAAAAUAGCACGAGGAGAUUACAUAGGAUAUUUAGCGGCCGGGUGUACAUCGCAUCUCGAUUCGCAACUCCAUUGGAAGUGCGAAGGAGGUCAGUGUGCGCGGGAAGUGGGUCAGGGCGGAUGCACCGGCGUCGGGGGGCUUCGGGCGGCGUCGGACGGGCUCGGGGGCGCAGGCGCGCUGUCACAUCGAUCGCCGCCCACGCGGCGCACCGCUCAAGUGCUCCGCGAGUCGCGACGCGAACCCCGGGCUGUGCCCCUCGAAGAUGGCGGCGUGAGCGCGCGCCCGCGGCCUCCGGCGGUCAUGCCGCGAUGGCCAGAGAGG